AGCGCAGGUAACCCUAACAUUGGUUGGUAACUCUAGAGCGAGAUAGAGCAAGAGAAAAUUAUUUUCACUCUUAAGCUUCCACGUGAAUUGUGAAUAAUUCUUUGGAAAAUGAAUCCGAAUUGGAGUAAAAGUAAGAAGCGAAGCUACGAAGAACUAAUGAAGAUCAAAAAGGAGUGCAUUUCUAUGACGGAGCCUUCAGAAAUAAUUGUCAUAUCAGAUGACGAAUCUGACGUGGCUGAAAGUGAAGAAGCGAAAGUUUCAAAGCGCUCAAAGACCAUGUUGGAGCUUGACCUUUCGUCGGAUGAUAGUGUUAUAUGUUUAGACGAUGUAAUUGAGAGCUCCUUAAAUGAGGCUACGGUAAAGGAAAAGAAAAUACCUCUGGAAGAAAUUAUGAUCUCGUUAGCUGAAAAUACUGUGGAGGCAACUAAAAUACCUCCCGAUGAAACUGUGACUCGUCUAGAUGACGAUACUGCGCAGAAAUCUGUCGUAUCUUACGAUGAAUCAGUGGUUUUCUUUGAUGUGGAUGCUACCGAGGAGACUGUAUUAAGUCAAGAAGAUGAAGAUGAUACCACAGAGGAGCUUUUGCUACCACCAAUGCCAGUUGUUGUACCGCCCAAAAAGCUAAAAAUCAAUCGACUAUUUAACAUGGACCCAGAGGAACAGGAAAGGGCUGCGAGAUCGCUUCUUGCAUUGCUUGGUUACGAUUGAUUUAAAAACAUAAUUAUUAUAAAAGAUAUUGUUGUCAUUUAGAGAAAAGGGCAACAAAGUAAAUUGAAAUUGUGUUAAUAAGUUCCCUGAUCCAGAACUGUAUUUUGCAAUACU